CUUGUGUGCAAGAGCAGAGCCACCAGCGUGAUCCAGGAGGAAGCGGUGACCCUUCCUUAUUGGAUCCAUCACAGGUUCAUCCCCCUGGUGCCCCGGGAGCUUGGAAAUCCCCGUCUGGAUCCGCGGCAUACCCAGGCCCUCAUCACCCGAGGAGAAUUAAGAAGGAGGAAACUGGCCCAGCAGAUCCACCUUCCCACGGCCAAAAGGGAGAAAUGGGAGCUCCGGGAGCCCGUGGAGACAAAGGAGAAAAGGUGGCGGGCAUCAAAGGAGACAGAGGUGAAACUGGUCAAAAGGGAGAACCAGGAAUUGGGUUCAGAGGUCCCAUUGGUCAGGCUGGGCCACCUGGAUUUAAGGGAGAAAUCGGUGUUGGAGCAGCUGGCCCAAGAGGUCCACGCGGACUGCCUGGCCCCCAGACAGGGUGACGAGGGCAUCGUGGGAGUCCGGGGCCCCACUGGCAAGAUGGGUGAGCCCAUGACUAUUUUUGGACCCCAGGGCUAUAAAGGCAGUAAAGGAGAUCCCGGUGAACGGGGCCUGCCAGGUUUUGACGGAGACAAAGGCGAGAAGGGAGAGGAUGGGCCUGUAGGAGAAAAGGGUGCGGCAGGUCUCGAUGGGAAGAACGGAAACAAGGGAGCCAAAGGCGACAGAGGUCUUCAGGGGCAGAAGGGGAAGGCGGGCUUACGAGGGCUCCCAGGACGCAUCGGUGCUCCCGGAGCCGAGGGCGUCAAGGUGGGCUUCGAGUCAGGGCAGUCUAAAAUUUAUACUGGUGUGAAGGAGAAAUUGGCAGUCCUGGAAAACCAGGAAUCCCAGGAUCAGAUGGACCGUAUGGACCGAAGGGGGCCAAGGGAGUUCCUGGCUUGGGAGGCUUCAAAGGACAAAUGGGAUGGCCUGGGAAGACUGGUGUUGCUGGACCAGAUGGACCUCAAGGGCCACAGGGUGAACCAGGGCCACAGGGUCCACGAGGGAAAAGAGGGAGACCUCAGCUCUGCCUCAGGGGACCCCCCGGCGUGGAUGGGCGAAAAGGAGAAAUGUGUGCGGAGGCCAGGCAGGAUUAGUUUUAGCAUGGGUGUUACGGGCAAGGUGCCCUAUAUGUGGGCUGCUGAAGAGCCCAGCUCCCUGCAUACCCCCUGCCUGCAGCCGAUGGACGAGGGGUCCUGCCAGCACUACGCCCUGCUUUGGUAUUACCAUGCAGAGGCAAACGCCUGCCGGCCCUUCGUCUUUGGAGGAUGCCGAGGGAACAGCAACCGCUUCGAAACCAAGUGGAAAUGUGAGCGGCGGUGCAAAACCUCAGCAGGUCAAAGCAGGAAGCACUACGCCCUGCUUUGGUAUUACCAUGCAGAGGCAAACGCCUGCCGGCCCUUCGUCUUUGGAGGAUGCCGAGGGAACAGCAACCGCUUCGAAACCAAGUGGAAAUGUGAGCGGCGGUGCAAAACCUCAGCAGUCACCAAGGACUCCGGGCAGAGCCUGAAGCUGGUGGAGCUGCCCUAA